AUGAUUAUAAUCUCAUCCAGUUCGUACGAAUUACCCGAAUUGGGUAUUCGAGAAACCCUGAUGAAACCGAUAUCACCAAUAUUCGUGUUCUCAAUUAAUGUGGGCGCGCUAGAUGCAGUCACAUCAUCCACUGACUCUUAUGCAUCUUCGGCUACAACAAUUAGAUUCUCAGCAAUCGACUACGAUGCCCUUCAGAAGCUUACGGAACCCCUCUCAGUGGCAGCCGAUGACUUUGUUAGACGCAGCGAUGAUGUCAGUACAUAUUCAGCGUCUAGUGGUGGAGGCAGUCUUGCGGUUAUCAUAAUCAUACUUGUGAUCGCUUUCAUCAUCAUUGUUCUAGUGCUCUGCUAUGCGAUAUACCGAUACCGUAAAGAAAAUAAAACCUUGAAGGAGCAUAUUGCAUUGAUUGAGACNAAGGACUAUUCCGGUAGAAACGACGACUAUGUCAGCGAGCCAGCGGUAUGGGGAGAAAUGAAUGGUACAAAUAAACGAGCGAUCGGGGACCGGAGUGAAAUGCGUAAGAACGGUAGUAAUGUUGUACUGAAACAUUACGAUCCAAGGAUUCGUGAGGUGGUUCCAAUCGAUUGGACUCCGAAAGUGAGUGGAUCGCAGUUGGAGCGCAUUCCAAACGGAACAAUGCCGAAUAAUAACCUCACAGUUCAAGGUCAUUUGUGUAUUAUCAUCAUCAUCAUGAUAACUUAUGAACCAAGAUUAUGCGUUCUUUCCAGUAGAACGAAAUUCUCAUAA